AUGAUAUCAGAAAGUCCUACUAUACCACACCCCAUCCAAUCAAGAUUCAACAGAAACCAUCCCAACAAAGUAAUAUCAGUAAAACCAAGCCUCGCCGUGUUUGCUCUAUGCGCUCUCCCAUAUUGGUACCGCACCUCCCCGAUUCGCUCAGUCCGCCAGGAACCGUUAUUUGCUGUGGUUCUGGCCCGACUCACAAUCCGCGCUAGAGUGCGCGCGGUUGCAGGGAUCCGUCAGUCUGACGCCCAACGGGAUCCUGGGAUGUCCUCCCACCCACGCUCAGUCCAUCGGCCGCACUUCUCCCGUGGUCUCUACUCAAUCUGA